AACAACCUGACACAUAUUUCAGUCGAACUACACACCGCUCGGCUAUCUUGGUGAGAUAUCUGAGCGAGUGAGCCAUCGUGCGCGCCACUUAUCAAGCACUGCGAUAAGUCGCAGAGGCACAUGUAACGUAACCGCUCCCUUGAUAUUUGAGCAGAUCAGACUAAGCGUCGUGGUGGUGUUGUCAGAGUUUUCGUUUCUGCGUUAAAUAUAUGAACCAGUUGAAACAUUUUGGGGCAUGUUGAAACAACCACUCUGAAAAAAUGUCCCUCGCUUUUCAACGAUGACGUUAUCACCAAGGUGCACCGGAUUGUUAUCGGACGAUUACUGAAUAUCAAGUGUCAAAGAGCACUAGGUGCUGCUAUGUGCAUCAUUUUUCGGACUGACCAACGGUGUAAUUCAGUUUCAAAAUGGUGAGAUAUCAACGUUUCACAAAUGGAUCGAAGAGCCCGAGUGUUACUUGGUGUGUGUUCAUAUUUUUCCUCGCCUCGUUUCGACUCGUGGUUCACGCUGGCUGCCCUGAAAGGUGUCUCUGCUUCUUGGACCAGAACCCUAGUCGCGUAGCAUGCGAAAAAAGAGGCUUGCGAGAGUUUCCUGAUAGAAUCAGUGAUUUGGUACAACAUUUGGACUUAUCCGGAAACAUUUUGCAAGAGAUACCGGAUACUUUGACGCUUCUCAGCCAACUAGAGUAUCUAAAUUUGGCCAGAAAUCGGUUGACCGAUUUGCCGGAUAAACUUUACGGGUUGGAUAAGCUGCAGAAACUUGAUCUGUCUGGUAAUGCUUUUACCUCCAUAUCUGGGCUGACAUCGAUAAGCCAUCUGACGAGCCUGAAGAUCUUGUUCUUCGGAGGAAAUCCAAUAUCUAGUCUGGACGGGUUAAUGAGCCAGUCGUUGCAUGUCUUGGACUGCAGUUACUGCGGAAUUAAAGCGUUUGCUAAUACGACUGUGAGUAAAAUGACACAACUGAGAAGUCUGAGUCUCAUGGGAAAUCCUUUGAGAACGGUGGAUAAACCCGUGAGCGAAUCACUGAAAUGGUUGGACAUGUCGGACUGUCAAAUAAACUACCUGUAUCCAGAUUCCCUCUUGAGUUUACCGAAUCUGGAGGAACUGCGACUGUCGAAUAACCCGAUGCUAGUCUUCAGCACAAGAUUCAACACUCUGACGCAUAAUAAAUUGAAAAGAUUAGAAGCUACAAGGUGCAAUUUGGAUCGACCUGGGCUUCACGGUUUCCCUCAACUAACCGUCGCGAAGUUGGGCGAAAACUUGAUCAGGUUUCUACCGGAUCAAAUAUUUGCAAAAAACACCGAAUUACGACAAAUAUGGCUAGCAGCAAAUGUUUUCGAUCAAAUUAACAAGAACGCGUUUGCUGGGCUAGUGAAAUUGGAAAUUCUGGACUUGUCUUUAAAUUCACUGCACAAUGUCCACUGGGCAGCGUUCAGAGAGAAUAUAAAUUUGCGUUUGUUGAACCUGUCUCACAAUAGUUUACUUCAGUUUCCAAACUUCACGAGUUCAACGACCAUCUUGGAUCUGUCUGACAAUUUAUUGGACGAUUUUACCAGCGACGUAUUGCUCACCAUGCCAAAACUCAAGAUUCUCUACUUGAGCAACAAUCGGGUAGACAAAAUUCCUGAUCACCUUGAAUCGCAGUCCCUCACUACUCUGUACCUUCGGCAAAACAGGGUCAUCCAAUUAACUAAUCAAACUUUUCAUCUGCUACCGGCUCUGGAAGGUAUCGAUCUGUCAGGAAACCUACUGACGGUUGCACCGACACCCUCGGUGUUCGAAGGUAAUCCAUCCUUGCAGAAGAUCCUAAUAUCUGAAAAUCCGUGGCGAUGCGAUUGCGAGCAAAUCCAUGGUAGUUACGAAUUUCUGAUCGAAAUGAAAGCUAACCCGCAGAAACUGGUUUGUAAAAAUCUCGACAACAUGUCCUACUCCACAUGGGAAGAAGCCUGCGACGAAAGGAAUGUCGGUUUUGAGCCAAAGGACAAAACGUGGGGCAUGAUUCUAAUCAGUCUAUUGACCAUGGUUAUAGUAUUCGGCAGUGUCGUGUCUCUGCGGCACGCGAUGAAAAUGAAGAGACAGGCUCACUUGGAACGCCAAGAGCUGGAAAGAGCCGAAGCCAGGGAAAGACUAAGGCUUCUACAACGACGAAACCGAAUCGAGGAAGAGAAUUUAAUGGAGCAGUCGUCGGAGCCGAGGAUCAACCCUCUGGAACUGAUCUGUCCACCGAGCUACGAGGAAGCCGUUCACAUGCCAAGACUGGCACACUCGAUGGACGCCUUGGACUCUAUAUCGAUGGAAAGCGUCCCGACGCACAUACUCGGAUCGGUGGAUAACCUGCGGUCGAAAAAGCGGCGGUCAAGGAGACCAAGGAAGAGAGCGGUCAGUGACGAGAACUUGGCGAGGAGGGAAGAGCGGCGUGAAAGCAGGCGACGGCGGAUCAGCCUCGAGAGGAAUCGGUCCACCAACGACCUCGGGGACUCGGCCCAGUCCCCACUCGAUUCCACUAACGAGCUCGCGUCAUCGAGGAACUUGCAGCAACGGCGUCCUCGUCCCAGGAGCAACUCGGACGACGACGCCGGCUCCAGGACUCGGCCACGACCUCUGACCCCAGCCGCCCGACACAAGAAGCGACGGAGCAACGCCAGGAACGGACAUUCGUCCGACGAUGAGGACUCGGACGUCCACGACGGAGUCCUGCCGACUAAGUUAGCGACGAACGGUAUCGUCAUCCAGACCCUGACCAGGGAACCGAGGAGCGGUUACAGACCGACUGAUCAGGAGAGCGACUUCUAGAACGACCGAUGGAGACGGUCCCCUUUCGGAAUUGGAAGCUCCGUCGGUAACUUGGUAAAACAGAGAACUAUUCGAGGCUCGUCGAUAACGCUGGAAACUAUCGGACUUGCGUGCUGACAAAACGCGGUCACUUUGAUCAUCUGCGGUCUCAUGUGCUUUUCGUCACGUAUCUUUGACGCAAUGGUCUUUCGGAGCGCAGACUAAACUCCUCGAGUAAUGUGUCGGGUCGCAGUGAUCCUCUCGACAGUUCUUACGUUGUGCAAAAUUUUAGGAUGCACUGCCGUGAAAGUGCUCUGAUGAUAUGCAGGCGAUGUGGAGUUGAUGGGUACCGACAUUUUCGUGUGACCAUGUAUCGGACCUGCAGUCACUUAAUCGGAGUAAUGUUGUUACAGGUU